AUGGCAAAUUACUUGAUGUUAUUUUCACAUCGACAAAAUCAUUUUGACACGAGCAUGACCAACUCUCCUGGUAAAGUUUUCGAGUGUAAGACUUGUAAUAGACAAUUUUCUUCGUUUCAAGCACUUGGCGGUCAUCGAGCAAGUCAUAAGAAGCCAAGAUUAAUGGGAGAAUUGAAUUUCCAAAUGCCAAUUUCUCCACCUAAACCAAAAAUACAUGAAUGUUCAAUUUGUGGACUUGAAUUUCCUAUAGGACAAGCUUUAGGUGGACAUAUGAGAAGACAUAGAG